AUGGCUGUCAUCACCCCUGAACUUGUUUCCGAGGGCAUUAGGCUCAUCGUUCGGCAGGUCACGGCCUCGGACCCGUCUUCAUCAACCUCUACGCCAUCGUCGACGUUGAGCAACCCAUCCCCUACCGAUUCGGCCAAUCCGGGACCAUCGGGUAACGGCAGCCCUGGGGGCAAUAACAACAACAACAACAACAACAACAACAACAACAAUAACAACAGCAAUGGCAGCAACGGGAGCUCGCCAUUACUAUUUUUCGUCGCACUCGGAUUCGGAGUCGUAUUUACGAACCUAUGGAUCAUCGUGGGUGUCAAGUACUGCUUCCGGUACAAUGCCCGCAAUCGCGCAAUGCGUGUGAACGAGGAUGGCGAGCCCAUCACCCUCGAAAACAUGCCGCGCCCGCACCGGCGUCGGCGUGAAAAGAAACUCAUGACCAUGGACGAGGUCAACGAGAAGUUUCCGAUGCAAAAAUACAAAAGCUGGGUCGCCUCCAGAGCCCAAGAAGGACUGCCAACACGCGGUGGCGUCUCUGCUCCACCGAGCAGGGCGGGCAGCGUACGGUCCGUAGAAGGUGUUGUGCCUGUCGACAAGGAAAGACACAGCAGCGAUCACGAUCGGCCGACGACGAGUGCGAGUGUGCCUGCUCCUGUUGAUAACAGUGAGAAUGAGAAGCUUGGAAUGGCAAAUGAGGCGAAGGAGAGCAGUUCGGGAAGCGGGACAGCUGAUCCCAAAGAUGUGGGAUCUGCACCACAAACGAACGGCACCGAGCCCAAGCUGCAAACGGACAGGAGACAUUCACAUGAUCAAGCCUCUGACGAGGAAGAAGACGAUCAUAUCAACGCCGCUAUCCCACCAGAAUUGCUUGAAUCAUCAGGAGACACCUGUGCCAUCUGCAUAGACACCUUAGAAGACGACGACGACGUUCGUGGUCUGACAUGCGGACAUGCCUUCCACGCAGUAUGCGUCGAUCCUUGGCUGACGUCGCGACGGGCGUGCUGCCCAUUGUGCAAAGCCGACUACUACACACCAAAACCACGACCAGUCGUGGAAGGUGCUGAGGGUGCCGGUCCGACGGGCGUUGUGACCGUGGUACUCCCCGACCAGAAUGGAAGGAGGAUGAACAUGCCUAGUCGACCAAGUAACACUUGGACUACGUUCAUGACAAGGAGAACGAACACAGGCGGGCAGCAGAUGCAGCAGCAACAUCAGGUCUAUCAGCAGCACCCACAAACCGGAGCCGCCGUUCCCGAUUCCGGCAGACCUGGGCUGUUCACCCGGUUAAGGGCACAGCGCAACGACGGUCCCCCAACUAUCAGUGGCGCUACCCAAGAGCCGUCGCCAUCCCAAACUGGUGCACCGAGCAACAACGGUGGUUUCUUUGGACGAUUUAGGAGGCAGCCUGCUUCCGGAGCGGCACAACCGGAGACGUCAGGCGUUUCAGCAGCUACGACUACUCCGUCUCAACUUGAGGCAGGAAUACAGAACGUUGCUGCUAGGUGAUGAAGAUGGUACUUUAUCUUUUAAAACAAUGUCAACUUCACUCUGGAUCCUGAAAUACGGGCUUGUCCCGAGAAGAAUCUUUGGGCUAUGGAGAUACGAAUUCGUACACAACUACAAACACACAAAUGUAUAUUUCCACCUAGACUCCAAUGCUUGGGGCCAUCUAUUUUCCAUCUCUCUCCUUUAAGCGAUAUCUUUAGCCCAGAAACUUGGUUCUUCAUCAUGCACGCACAUCUGUUUUCCUCUAUUUGUCUUUUGCAUAGCAACGAAGGGGGGUUUUUACUAGUUAGUGAUUCGGUCCUUUCCCAAUUGAAGUGUGCGUCGUUGUCACCAAACUUUCACGCUUACUUUUUGUGAGCGAGCUUUUGCACUACCGAGGUCCCCAAAUAUUUUCAUCUCGUCUUGAAGUUUACUCUCGCAGAAUAUGUUUUGAGCCCAAUGAGGAUUUGGUACUAUUUGUGCGGCCAUGUUGCACAACUAGCUAGUCUUGACAUGGUGCGACUCUACCUGGUCGCCCGUUUAUAUCUAACAGGAUGUUUUCAAGGCAAGGCAAAGAAAGUGGUCGUGAGGACACAGGUGGGCUCGGGAAAAAGAAUUCAGACAGACUUUGUAGAUGUAUUGUCUUUUUGAACAUGGUGAAGAAUAGUCGCAGUUAGAUCCAAGGUCAAAAGAGCUUCAGAUACAGACAGCGUUAUGAUGGAGUAAUAGUGUCUGUGUCACUUUUACGUCGGGUUUUCGAUAUGAACUACUCGUCGGGCUACAAUGACUACCAACCAGUCCCAUCUGGUACCAACUUGAAUGUUCAUCCAUCACAAGUAUUUGCCUUUGCUAAACCUACCGCCAAAGUCAGCAGCCUGCUUCCUCAGGUCCCUCAUCUGGGAGUUUGUGACCCUCCCACCAACAGCCAUGUCCUUUUCGCGAUCGAACGCCCUCUUGCUGGGGUCAUCCUCCUCGGCGGCCGUCCUCGCUCCACCCCCGGCCUUGCGAUUGGCCUGAUGCUCCUCGUACAGCGACUUGCCGCGGGUUUGGGUAGUGUAGGUGCGGAUGGCGGCGUCGCGCGCAUCGUCUCCGGGGUUCAUUUUGGCGGUAGUGGCCGCCGCUGACGACGACGCAUCCGGCCCGCGGCGCGAGAGAAUGCGCUCCUUGCGCUCCUGAGCCGUCUCGGUCCACAUCGACCCGAUCUCGCCGGGGUUCUGGGCCGCGGUCGACGUGGCGGCGCGCCCGGUCGCGAAGCCCUUGAACCGGAUCUUGGUCGGGUCCGGCUUGUUGGUCGGCGGCGGCGGGCGGAUCAUCCAGUCGUCGCGCUUCGAGGGUGGUGCCGCCGCCGCCGUCGACUCUGCGUCUUGGGCCAGCCUGGCCGACGCGGCUGCUGCUGCCGCUGAGCGCUGUGCUGCCUGUGCCGAAGUGGGCAGCGCGGGCCCGUAGUCAUCGUCGUCAUCCGAGUCUUCGUCAGAGGAUGGUGGGUUUGGUGGCCGCUCUGAGAGGGCCGCGGGUGGCGCUGCUGGGCCGAGCACGCGCCUUGCGGGUUGUUCUGGUCUCGACUGGUGCUCGACUUCGGGCUCUGUGGGUUGUGGUGGCGGCAUGGAGGGGCCUGCGGCGCGGGAACCAGGAGGCUUGUUGUUGUUAUUGUCGGUAGAUACAGAGGGUCUAGGGAGUGUGGGGCCGGCUGCUGCGGCGCUGGGGCCAAAGUCGUCGUCGUCGGAAUCAUCGUCCAGAUCAAUCUCGUCGUCGUUGCUGAGUCGCGAUGUCUUGGAGGGCGGUUGUGAAGGGCCGCCCGCUGCCUUGCUGUCGUCGUCGUCGUCGUCACCUGGUGUGCGCUUGCGCUUUGUGAGGUGCGGUGGAAGUUGCGGGCCUAUUGACGACAUUGUGUGUUUUGAUUUGUGGUUGCUAUGUGCCCUGGUAUGUGAAGGAAUGAAGGAAGGUGACUAGUGAGUCUUGCUGUUUGCAGGGACUAAAAACUAAAAUAAAAAAAUACGUCAG